GGACACUGUUGUCACUGGAGGUGCCUGACAGAAAGCAACCCUGACUGCUUCCUUGAGCCUGGGUCAUUUGGCCACCUCAGCCCCCUGGAACCUCCUGGAACCUCCAGGUGUGGCUCUGCAUCGCUGCAGUCAUGGGGUCCGAGGACCACAGCGCCCAGAACCCCAGCUGCAAAAUUAUGACCUUCCGCCCCACCAUGGAUGAGUUCCGGGACUUCAACAGAUACGUGGCCUACAUCGAGUCGCAAGGUGCCCACCGUGCAGGCCUAGCCAAGAUCAUCCCACCCAAGGAGUGGAAGCCACGGCAGACGUAUGACGACAUUGAUGAUGUGGUCAUCCCAGCACCUAUUCAGCAGGUGGUGACAGGCCAGUCGGGGCUUUUCACACAGUAUAACAUCCAGAAGAAGGCCAUGACCGUGGGCGAGUACCGCCGCCUGGCUAACAGUGAGAAGUACUGUACCCCACGCCAUCAAGACUUUGACGACCUGGAACGAAAGUACUGGAAGAACCUGACCUUCGUCUCGCCCAUCUACGGGGCCGAUAUCAGUGGCUCUCUAUAUGAUGACGAUGUGGCCCAGUGGAACAUCGGCAACCUGAGGACCAUCCUGGAUAUGGUGGAGCGUGAGUGUGGCACCAUCAUCGAGGGUGUGAACACACCCUACCUGUACUUCGGCAUGUGGAAGACCACUUUUGCCUGGCACACAGAAGACAUGGACCUGUACAGCAUCAACUACCUGCACUUCGGCGAGCCCAAAUCCUGGUACGCCAUCCCACCGGAACACGGCAAGCGCCUGGAGCGCCUGGCCAUAGGCUUCUUCCCUGGGAGCUCACAGGGAUGUGAUGCUUUCUUGAGGCACAAGAUGACACUCAUCUCGCCCAUCAUCCUGAAGAAGUAUGGCAUCCCCUUCAGCCGGAUCACCCAGGAGGCUGGGGAGUUCAUGAUCACUUUCCCCUAUGGUUACCACGCGGGCUUCAACCACGGCUUCAACUGUGCCGAGUCCACCAACUUUGCCACGCUACGCUGGAUUGACUAUGGCAAAGUGGCCACACAGUGCACAUGUCGCAAGGACAUGGUGAAGAUCUCCAUGGAUGUGUUUGUACGCAUCCUGCAGCCCGAACGCUAUGAGCAGUGGAAGCAGGGCCGCGACCUCACUGUGCUGGACCACACUCGGCCCACAGCCCUGAGCAGCCCUGAGCUGAGCUCCUGGAGCGCCUCACGUGCCUCACUGAAGGCCAAGCUCUUGCGCAGACAAAUUAGUGUGAAGGAGAACAGACCCUGGAGAAAGGCUGAGGAGGAGAGGAGGCCGAGUCUAGAGAGGAGGCGGGAGCCGACCAGAAGGCCAGGGCCGGCGUCGCACCGGAGACGGAGCCAGCCCAAGAAGUCCAAGCCUGAAGACUCCAAGUCUCCUGGGGAGGCGGCGGCUGGGGUGGCUGGUCUGGAUGAGGCUGGGGGCUGUUCCCGGGAGGAGGCCACACCUGAGGACGAGGAUGAGGAUGAGGAACUGCUGCCCUCGCAGAGCCACGAGGCCGGGCCAUGCAUGGAAGAGGAUGGCAGAGGCAAGCCCCGGCCAACCAAGGCCCGGAGCAAGAAGAAGACCCCCAGCCCCCUGUCACCCCUGUUGCCGCCUGCCCCACCAACCCUGUUACCCACUGAGGAGGGCCUGAGGCCACCACCCCCACCCAAGUCUCCGGUUCCAACCAUGGGCCCCAUGGCCGCAGAGGGGGGUCCUCCACCAGCACCCCUCAAUGUGGUGCUGCCUCCCGGGGCACCGGGAGAGGAAGCAGAGGUGCGGCCGAGGCCCAUCAUCCCCAUGCUGUAUGUGCUUCCCCGCACCAACCCCACUGAUGGCGACAGGGAGCGCACUGCCCACCCACAGCUGGCACCCAUGGAGCUGGGGCUGGAAGACGAAGGCCAGGCCCAAGCUGGCAGUGCACAGGCACCAUCCUCCUUCUCUAAGCUGAAGGUGGAAAUCAAAAAAAGCCGUCGUCAUCCCUUGGGUCGGCCACCCACACGGUCCCCACUGUCUGUGGUCAAACAGGAGGCUUCGAGUGAUGAAGAAGCCUUCCUGUUCUCAGGAGAGGACGACGUGAGUGACCCCGAGGCCUUGAAGUCCCUGCUGUCGCUGCAGUGGAAGAACAAGGCAGCUAGUUUCCAAGCUGAGAGGAAGUUCAAUGCGGCAGCUGCCCUCAACGAGCCCUACUGCGCCAUCUGUACUCUCUUCUACCCCUACAGCCAGUCAGUACAGACAGAGCGAGAGGUCCCAGCCACUCCAGGGGACAGUACUGUCCAGCCACCCUCGAAAAGUGGCCAGAGGACACGGCCACUGAUCCCUGAGAUGUGCUUCACUUCGAGUGGGGAGAACACAGAGCCACUGCCUGCCAAUUCCUAUGUCGGUGAGGAUGGUACCAGCCCACUCAUUUCCUGUGCCCACUGCUGCCUGCAGGUCCAUGCCAGUUGCUACGGUGUCCGGCCUGAGCUGGCCAAGGAGGGCUGGACAUGCUCCCGGUGUGCGGCCCAUGCCUGGACUGCGGAAUGCUGUCUGUGCAACCUCCGCGGGGGAGCGCUGCAGACGACCACGGAGCACAGGUGGAUUCACGUGAUCUGCGCCAUUGCAGUCCCCGAGGUACGGUUCCUGAACGUGAUUGAGCGCAACCCUGUGGACGUCAGUGCCAUCCCUGAGCAGCGGUGGAAACUGAAGUGUGUGUACUGCCGCAAGCGCAUGAAGAAGGUGUCGGGCGCCUGCAUCCAGUGUUCCUACGAGCACUGCUCCACGUCCUUCCACGUGACCUGCGCACAUGCAGCUGGUGUCCUCAUGGAGCCCGACGACUGGCCCUAUGUAGUGUCCAUCACCUGCCUCAAGCACAGAGCGGGCGGCGCUGGGGUGAGUGCUGAGGCCACAUUCCCGGCUACACGAGGGGCCCCGCCCAUGUGGGCUAGCCCUGCCCACUUGGCCUCCUCCGCUUGGGCAAAACCCCGCCCACACAUGCCAUUGCCCCCCUCCCCCCAGGGUCAGCUCCUGCGCGCUGUGUCCCUGGGCCAGGUCGUCAUCACCAAGAACAGGAACGGGCUGUACUAUCGCUGUCGUGUGAUCGGCAGUACUGCGCAGACCUUCUACGAGGUCAACUUCGACGAUGGCUCCUACAGCGACAACCUGUAUCCAGAGAGCAUCACUAGCAGAGACUGCUUGCGGCUAGGCCCGCCUCCUGAGGGCGAGCUGGUGGAGCUGCGGUGGACGGACGGCAACCUGUAUAGAGCCAGGUUCAUCUCGGCGGCCACCAGCCUCAUCUACCAGGUGGAGUUUGAGGACGGGUCUCAGCUGACGGUGAAGCGUGGGGACAUCUUCACCCUGGAAGAGGAGCUGCCCAAGAGGGUGCGGUCCCGGCUGUCACUGGGCACUGGCAUACCACAGGAGCCCAGCUUCUCUGGAGACGAUGUGAAGGCUGCUAAGCGCCCACGGGUGGCCACCAUGCUGGCCACCACCACGGAGGACACAGGGCACAGCCCAGAAUACCUGGCCUUCGUGGAGAGCCUGCUGCAGGCACAGGGCCGACCUGGGGCACCCUUCUAGAUGCUGCCCACCCCUGUCCCCACUGCGGGACCUACCUGGGCAACAGGACCAGCAGGAUCCAACAUGGCCGGACUCAGGGAGAGGGGCCAGUGUCCCUGGACUGCAGCGAUUCCGUGGGACCCGGCCUGGCUGUGCUUUUCUCCUAAAGGUGCUACGGGGCAUCCCAGAGCCUCCUGUGACAGACGCCAGCCAAGGACGCUGGGGCACAGCCCCAACUGUCUUCUAGAUUUGUGGCUUUAAAAACUGACAGCGGAAACGCUCGUUCUCCUCGCAACCAAGAUGCGAGGAGGUAAAAGCUUCGUCCUUGUUUGCUGCCUGCAGAUGUCAUUUGUCUACUGAGCAGGUGGAGAGGUACUUCUGUACAGGUGUCGCCCUGGAGGACGACAGCCCAGUGCACAGUGACCUCUGUGGUGGCUGCUUGUGGUGUCUUCUGCUUCCUGCUGGGGGAGGUGGGCCCUGCAGGAGCGUGAGUCCCUUCCCCGUCCUGCCCCCCCCGCCCCGCCCCCGCCAUGCAGAGUCCACCUCACUCUGCCUCCACUGCCUAGGAUGGCAGGUGUCCCCAGGGGUGAGCCAGGCUUCCAAGGUGACUGAGUCCCACAGCUGUGGCCUGGGGUUCCAUGAGCCUCCACGGCUGAGGGCCGGGGAAGCAGGUGCCACCUCCCUUGCAGCGCGAGUCAAGAGACAGGGACCCAGACUGCACUGGUGGCGCUGCCUGUGGGGUAGCGCUGUCGCUAGAGGCCACUGCCAUCCUAGCGCUUCAGUCCGUCCCCAGGAUGGACAGCUCAUCUAAGUGACAAAGGACCGCACAGACAGGCCUGGCCUGGGGACCUGCUGGGUACUUGGAGGGACCGGGCCUCUCCUGAGUGCCCAGUGCCGCCGUGUCCAUGUAUACUUGGAAAUUCUAUUUAUAUUGUAAAGAGAAUAAAAAGGGCCCAACCUUGGGCCUAGAGGAAGAGGCUGGGCCACAGAGGUCUCGGGCUGCAUCUCUUGUGGGCUCUGCAGUGGCUGCAGAAGGCCCUGCACACACACCUCACAGAGACGCCUGGGUUUUACUUUGUGCAAAAAAAAAAAAAACACAAAACAACAAAACCUCGCCCCCCCCCUUUUCUCCCCACCCCAAAUGAAGGAUGUCGUAUUUUUGCCUCAGUCUCAGGCCUCUAGUUCAGUAUCAGUUAAAGCCCUUGAGCACCUCCUAUUCCCGCCUGGCCAUGGCUGUGUCCUCAUUUCUGGCCAGGGCCAGAUGGGCUCAGGAUGGAGGUCUCCUUAGCCAGGAUGAUGGGAACAGCGUGUCCUGGUCUGGGUAUAGGGGCUGCCAGGAGGUGGGACACCAUCCACAAGACCUCUCCAUCUUACCGCAGUGGCACGGGGCUGAGUCAGUGUAUCCCCACAGGAUGCCAGGGUUCUCUGACUCCCCUUGCUUGUCAGUAGCCCAGCUGCUGUCUGCCUCCCAUGCUAGCUAGGGCCACAGAUGAGCAAAGGUCCUGGGGUUGAGCAGAGGGAGCCCAGCAAGAGUCACAGAGGGAGGAGUGGGGGCAGGGUGGGCCUGCUGGUGGGCUGCAAGGGAGACUUGGGUUUGACCCGAGGGAGGAGGAGGGCCGGAGCCAUGGAGGCUGUGGGUAGAAGCCUAGAGGAUACUCACAAAGGGAUGUCAGCGGCAGGCAGCCAGGUGGGGCAGAUGACCCUUGUUUUCCAUUCCUCUUUGAAACAUAAAAGACUUUGGGGCAGGCAAAAGCUCUGGGGAGGAAAGGGGAGGCAGCCUUGGAGGGGACAUGGCCAGGAUCCUGUGGAGGUAGGGUGCUGUUCCAGGAGGGGACAUCUAACUAGCUCUGACCCUGCCUGGCACAUCCUACUGAGCUCAGACUGUGGCCUGCAGCCCUGGGCCAAGUCUGGCCCUAGACCUGUUUUUUUUGUCAAUAAAGUUUUAUUUGCACAUGG